UGAAAUUGGGCAGAAAGCACCCGAGGAGAAAAAGCAAAAGCUCGUUCAUGGCGAUCUCAGAGCAACACGCUUCCACCACGGCAUACCACCAAAUCGACGAUACCGACGAAGAAGAAGAAGAAGAAGAUGAAGAGAGUUACAGCGAUUCCGACUCCGACUACGACCCGGGCGAUUCGGGCGACGACGAUCGGGACGACGCCGUUCGGGAAGACGCUCACUCUACGUUCUCGGAGCUCUCGAUCAAGAACACGGCGAAAUCUCGAGUAGGGAAAAAUGUUGAUCGGAAUGACGAUGAUGCUGACCAGCCUCAGCUCGAGGCGAGGUUUAUGGAGAUUGGUGAGAAAGAAGAUGAGAGCUCACACACGGUUCUGUCGCUCGUACACGCUGGGCAACUUGAGAAACUGAAAGUGGAGCAGUGUAAAGCUUAUCUGAGGAAGAACGGUUUGAGGUUGACGGGCAACAAGGAGACACUCAUUCAGCGGAUCAAGGAACAUAUAGAGAUAGUCACCGGUAGGGGGGAGGAGAAGUAUCCGGUGUCUAGUUUCGUAUUGAAGUGCAAAGGUGAUGCAUGCACUGGUGAUGUUGUCAUGUUCCAACAGAAUGUCUAUGACCUAUUUAACAUAGCAUCUCGGAGUGCCAGUGGUCCUCCAUGUGGAAAGAGAAUUGUAGCAGGCCGUAUUGUCAAAGAAAGCUAUGGUGCUGCUAAGCAACAGCAUACUUUCACUAUAGAGGUUCUCUGGAGCAAAGGAGAGAAACCACUGCCUCCCCUUCAUCCCCUGCUUAUCAAGGGCCGCAAUCUUUACCGUUACAACACUAUGAGACAGAGAUGGGAAGAUGAAGGAGAGAGGGCCAAAGCAUUGAUGGAAAAGCAUUCAAGGGGCUCUUUAGCAAGGUCCGAUAGAGAAGCACGACUCCAAGAGAAGGAAAGGAGGAAACUUUUGAAGGAAAGCAGGACUUCCAAAAAACAUAACAUUAAGAAGAACCGGGUUCUGCCAUUGUCGAUCUCAACCUCAAAAGCAGGUAAUGAAGCGGGGCAAUUAAGAGGAUCAUCUAUUGCCGCUAUUGGGCAGCCAACAGUUCGGCCUAUACAGAUGAGUUCAACAGAAAACCGUCGAAGUAGAGACCAGUUUCAAGAGAAACGUGGGGACUCACAGAACAGUUUGAGCUCUAUGAAUAGAACUAAGCAUGAAUUUUGGCAUUCUCGGAAUGAUGCUAAUUUGGGCAAUCAGAGACCUAAUCGUAAUUUUUCAAAUGUAAACGGAGCAAUGCAAGUACAACGCCGGGGAAGUAAUGGAGAGAGUAGCUUCUGUGUGGGGCCAAAUUCUGCUCACGAAGGUUUGACUGCAUUCAGGUUACCACACUGGGUUCAUGAGAGGCAGCCGUUGGCAAGUGUGAAUCAGCAUCCAAGGAACUCCAAGGGAGGAGCUAGCAAGGCCUCAGGAAGCCACAACGUUGCCGCUAUUUUGAGCAAGGAAGAUGCUAUUUUGGGGACAACUGCAAGUUUUUGCAUGAGCAUGGAGAACAUGGGCAAAUGUUAUAGGGGAAAAGAGAAAUAUUAUUUUUUGGUUUCCAAGCCAACUUGGAAAAUGUAGAGCAGUUCGGAUUUUGUAAAUCAGUUGGCUAUCCAUCCUCUGCAGCAAAUCGGGGUUUGAGAUUGACUUGAAAUUUGUUCCCCAUUUUUAAUUGGUCCAUCUACUAAACUUGUCUUUAUCCCAAAUCCUGGGAGUGGCAAAUCCUGGCCUAGCUUAAGACCAUUGCCUCCCUUAUGAAAUUCUUCUUCAAAAAUAGUA